GAAAUGAGUAGAUAAAAAAAAUAUUAAAAAUCAACUACUCCGUAAACACAAGUUAGUAAAAAGGGGAAUUUGACACAGCAACUCCCCACCCGUACACUGAUAACUCCCCCUCCCUCUUUCUUCGUUUUCUCCGUCCUGCUGUCAACUCUUCCCUGGAGCCUCCUCCUUAUAAGGAGUACGUAUUAUUUUUGCCUUUCCUCAGUUUCUCUAUUCAAUCUGCGUACCCUUUCUCCGUUCUCUCCACCGCCGGACACCUCCAAUAUUGCUUGGUUUUCUGUAAAGCGUCCGUCUCUUUUUCCAUCGCCCAGGGCGCAAUAGAAUAAGAAGAAGGAUGGCCUCCUCUUUAUCAUUACCCAAAUUCGUGCAGCCCCUCAACUCCUUCACUAGAUCUGCUGACAAACCGCUCUUUGCAGAUCCCUUUAAGCCCGCGUCCUCUUUUUUCGGACCUUCAUCUUCCAUCAAGCUUCCAUUGGACAACCAGCUCUUCGCUUCUCCUCGGCUUCGCUUCUCAUCUUCCACCCGUGUCCUAGCCAUCUCCGAUGUAGUCAAGGAAACCAACCUCAACUCCCCCGCCUCCCCCUCCAAAUCGUCAAUUACCAAGCAAGAAGGAUUGGUGUUGUUUGAGGAUAUGGUUCUAGGGAGGGCAUUUGAGGACAUGUGUGCCCAGAUGUACUAUAGGGGGAAAAUGUUUGGUUUUGUGCACUUGUAUAAUGGACAGGAAGCAGUUUCCACUGGAUUCAUAAAGCUCUUGAAGAAAGAAGACUUUGUGGUAAGCACGUACCGUGAUCAUGUCCAUGCAUUGAGCAAGGGUGUUCCUGCCCGUGAAGUGAUGAGUGAACUCUUUGGCAAGACCACCGGCUGUUGCAGAGGUCAGGGUGGGUCCAUGCACAUGUUCUCCAAAGAGCAUAACCUUCUUGGCGGGUUUGCUUUCAUUGGUGAGGGCAUUCCGGUUGCCACAGGGGCUGCCUUUUCUUCAAAGUAUAAGAGGGAGGUUUACAAGGACGAGGGCUGUGAUCAGGUUACUCUUGCCUUUUUCGGUGACGGGACUUGCAACAAUGGCCAGUUCUAUGAGUGUUUGAACAUGGCUGCAUUGUGGAAACUGCCUAUAAUCUUUGUUGUUGAGAAUAAUCUGUGGGCCAUUGGUAUGUCCCAUUUGAGGGCUACUUCUGACCCAGAGAUUUGGAAAAAGGGACCGGCGUUUGGCAUGCCGGGGGUUCACGUUGAUGGUAUGGACGUGUUAAAGGUGAGGGAGGUGGCUGAGGAGGCUAUUGGCAGAGCUAGGAGAGGGGAAGGUCCUACUUUGGUGGAGUGUGACACAUACCGGUUCAGGGGGCACUCUUUGGCUGACCCCGAUGAGCUGCGUGACCCUGAUGAGAAGAGUCAGUAUGCAUCACGUGAUCCCAUCACUGCAUUGAAGAAUUACUUGUUUGAUAACAAUCUUGCAACCGAAGCAGAAUUGAAGGGUAUUGAAAGAAAAAUAGAAGAGGAGGUUGAAGAGGCUGUCGAGUUUGCUGAUAAAAGCCCUGUGCCUGCUCGUAGCCAGCUUCUUGAAAAUGUAUUUGCAGAUCCAAGGGGCUUCGGAAUAGGGCCUGAUGGCAGGUACCGAUGUGAGGAUCCCAAGUUCACUGAGGGCACCGCUCAAGUAUAAAAAUCUCUCUUGCCUUUUGUUGUUCUGAGUGCGCAGUCAUAAUAUAACUUCAAUUUAUACUCUCUGUAUCUGUAUGUCAUAAAAAUUUGUUUUCUUCCAUAGUAGGUCAUGCGCAAAUUUUACACCCCUGCAUGUUCUUCCACAUCUAUAUUUCCGAUUUCUUCUGUUUUCUUUUUCAAUUUUCUUCUUCACCUCCUCCCUCUCUAAUUUAAGUUACGAAUGAAUCUAAGCUUUUCUUCCUUUUUAUCAAUUCUCAUUUUUAUUGAUCUAGUAAUAAUAAUUGUAUUUGUAUUUGACAAGUCUCUAAUCUUUGUUUAAGGUUUGGUCUACCUUAUGUUUUUAAGUUCAUGUGGUUAAUAUUUUAAAGCUAAA